UGAGGACCUUAAGAAGAAAUAUGUAAAACGUUAUAGCUACAUUAUACAUUUGACAAUAUCGGUACCUAUUGUACAUGAAACCUAGUUUUAAACAAUGCUAAAACAAACAGAAAUCCACCUGUUUCUUGGAAUGUCGGUUGUUGUGACAAUCUCAACAUUUGCAGUCUGUGUACUGUUAUCAUCAUCUAAAACAGAAGAAUUGUUCCCCCAUAUUAGAGGUCAUCUGUGCGCAGACUGGACAGGAAGGCUUGGUAAAAUCAUGUUUCAAUACGCAUCGCUCUUUGGAAUAGCUGAACGAAAUGACAUGGUGUUUGCCAUUGAUAAAUUCGAUGAAAUAAACUAUUCGUUUGACAAUUUGUUUGCGCUUAAAUUAAAAAAUAAAUCAAUUUGUGAAUAUGCACAAACAUGGGGCGAAAAUGAGCCUUGUCUGUAUGACGAGAGUGCAGCCAAUGUUCCCGCAAAUCUCAAUGUUAAACACGUCUCACUAUUGCAAUCGUGGAAAUAUUUCAAUCAUAUCGAACAAGCUAUUCGAACACAAUUUAAAUUCAAAGAAGAAUUUGAAACUAAAUGCCAACAAGUUUUGAACGAAACAAUAAUUGAAUGGACUUCAAAUCAUUCAAGUGUCCCGAAUGAUAAACUACAAAUAGUUGGAAUUCACAUACGAAGAGGAGACUACUUGGACAAAGGUAAAAUAAAGUACGGCUAUCGGACAGCCAGUGCAGAUUAUAUUAAUAAAUCAAUGAACUACUUCAGGGAGAAAUUCAAACAUGUAUUGUUUUUAGCUUACACUGCUCAUAAUUGGAAAGAUAUGUUAUGGCGUGACAAUCAUGUGAUCGGAAGUGACGUUGUUCUUAUGCACAUGCAUUCCCCGGAAGUUGAUAUGUGUGUUUUAUCUAAAUGUAAUCAUUCUAUAAUAACAGUUGGCUCAUUUGGCUGGUGGGCGGCAUGGUUGGCUAAUGGUACAACUAUUUAUUAUAAGGAUAUGGCUAAAAAUAAUAGCGAGUAUAGAAAAGACUUUAGCGAAGAUAUGACUGAUUACUUUUAUCCGGGAUGGAUAGGAUUCUAAUUCAUCACGUGAUAUAAAUCGUCAUGACCGAUAUAAAAGCGACAUUAUUUCAAAUGUGCAUGUAGGACGAGAUUUGAUAACCGAUAUGACGUAUACUACUUUGAAAUAUAAAACAUGCAAAUAAAUAUGAAAGUGCAUGUAAUAUUUUAACUGAUUAAAAGAUAAAGUACUUUUGCCUGUAGAUAAUAACCUAGUUAUAAGUAAUCUGCAUGUAUGAAUAGUUUAAAGAUAAAUCUUUACUACAUACUAGAUAUCAAAAUAAGUAAGCAAUGAUGUUCACACUGCAUAUAGAUGAGAUUUAAGGUUCAUCUUAACAAACAGACGAAUAUGGCUGUAUUUACAUGCCCAAAAUUACUCUGAGUACAGACUUACCUUUGAAGUUGGAAAAGUUUUA